AGCCUCAUCGUCACAUUUAGCAGGAAUUCUGAAUGUUAAGGAUGAAACCCAAUACUGGGCUGACGUUGCAAACAACCCUAAGAAUCGAGACGAAAAGGAAAUGGCUCAGGGCUUUUACAACUGUCUUGAUCCAAUUGCAAAAGAAUUUAGUGGGUUGGAUGCUGUGUCUCUCCUAGAUGCAGAAGAUAUUUUGGAAAAUACCCAUAACUCGUUGGAUGAGUUGUGGAGGCUGGACUAUCCGCAGUCUCGUAUGGAGCACCUUCUGGAUAUCAUAGCAAAUCAGAUUACGCGUUAUGUCCAGGGAAAAUUAAGUGAAGAAGAUCUGUGGGGUGGACAGUUCACACAGAUUGAGAAGAACCUGUCCGAAGGCAUUACUCUGUGUGAUCGAUGGGUGGACAGCUGCAGCAAACUUACUGGCAUAUUUUGGAAGAGUGGUGUGGAUCAGAUGUGGGAAAAUGAUGCAUUUGUUCCAGAAUACUGCAAGAAUGUUUCAAAACGCCUGAAUGAAAUUCUGAGUCUCCGGACUCUGCACAAACAAUUGACCAGACUUUUGUCCAUUAGUGAGCAGGAGGAACUGAAAACAGCUGAUUCAUUCAAGCCAUUUGCUGGGCUGAAACCUGUUCAGUAUAACCCUUACACAGAACCCUUAUGGCAAGCAGCAGUACGCCAGUUUGAGAAUUCCCUCAAGCCAGCUGAGCAGAGGAUUGCUGGUAAAUUGAGAGCUCAGCUUAGAAACAUGAACUCAAGUGCCUAUCAACUAAUGCAAGAAUUCAAGAGGUACAAAGAAUUGAUCAAGCGUGAAAGCAUACAGCAGGAACUUCUUUCUGAGAGAGAAAUGUUACUCAGUGAACUCAGCAGUUACAUCCGCACAAUUAGUUCUGAUUUCAGUAGCACGGCUGUUAAUGGACCAAGACGUUUAGCAAAUGUGCCUGAGGUUGUUAGCAACAUUUAUUGGGUCAAACCUAUUCACGCAAAAGUGGUUGACAUUGGAAAGACAGCUGAUGCACUUUUAAGUGAUCUUAAUGGUUAUGACGACCUGAAGCGAAAUAUUGGAGAAUUCUGCGAGGAACUUGAUGAAUAUCACAAUGACCAGUUUGAUUCUUGGUCUCGGGAAAUGCUGCAGAGGAUUGAAUCAGAGGAGCUCAGCCUUGCCACAGACUCCCCAGUGUUGUCGUUCAGCAGCAGUCGAUUGCUUCGUGUGAAUUACAACCCACGACUCGUUGGCUUAGUGAGGGAGGUCAGUCAGCUAUCCAUUCUAGGUCACAAGAUACAUCCUGACAUAAUUAAGACAUCAAAGCUUGCUCAGAAGUUUAUGAAGCAGGCAAAAGCACUUGAAGAGAUUGCGAACUUCCACAACACAAUAGGUGACCAGAUGAUCCCGUCUCAACGAGCAAUGAUGCUGGAAGCUGCCUUGGCCUUGUCUGGGCUGGUACAGGAGCAAAAUAACAUCACUUGGUCAAACACAGCGGAAUUAGACUCAUACAUUGCCAGACUCAAAGCUGCAACACAGAGGCUGGCUCGUGAGAACAAGCAGCUGGCACAGUGUCACCUCAUGGUGAAGGAACGGGUACUUCAGCUGAUGAACACUGACCUCUUGAGGCACCAGCCUAAGUGGAAGGAGCUCUUGAAGGAGAUGAGGUCAAUCAUGCACCAGCUGGAUGAGAAGGGCUUCUCCGACCAGAAGUCUUGGUGUUCACACUGGGACCGCCAACUGUACAAGGCUCUGGAGCAUCAGUACCAACUGGGUAUUGAAGCCCUUAAUCAGCACCUCCCAGAGUUCAAGGUGGAAUUGACAUAUAGGCAACAGAGGCUGCAGUUCCGCCCUCCCAUGGAAGAAAUACGUAUGAAGUAUUAUGGGCAGUUGAAACGGUUCCUUGCAAUUCCCUAUCACUUUAAGGGAGUGAGUGAAGUGAACGAUCACCCCGUUUUCCCCAUUAUUGUCGACCGAAAUGCCCACCGCUUCACACAGCUGUUUCAGAGGGCAGAGGAGCUCUUUGAAAGACUAGAAAAGGUCAAGGAACGCUUUGUUGACCUGUGUGCCCUUGGGUCAUGUGAUAUUGAGCAGCUGGUAGGAAAGUAUUGUAAAGUUGCAGAAGACUGGGACAGGAACUUCCGAGCCUCAAAGGCCAAGGGCCAAGAAAUAGGCAAAUUGCCAAGCACGGAAGAAAAGAUUGACUGCUUCAGCAUCAGCUUCCAGCCAUUACGUGUUGAGUUGGAGAUUAUGAACCGCCGCUACUGGGACAUACUGGUGCAGAGUUUACAUAAUGCUAUUAUUGAGGACAUCAAUGCCAUUGAGAAAUUUACUGAAAGUGCAAUAGAAGUCCUAAAAAGGCAGCCACAAACAGUAGAAGAGAUUGCAGAGGCCAGCAACAAGCACACACAGUAUAUGGCAGAAACAGAGGAGAUGGUUGAACGUUUUAAUGAGGCUGAGCGUAAGAACAAGACCCUGGCCAGCUGGACAAAAGAGAGAGUGGAUCAGGUGUCUCGUGUCACAAUGCAGUGGGAUAACUACAAAACACUUAUGGAUAACCAUGAGCAGAUUGUUUCAAAGCAGAUUGAAGCUAUCAAAGCCAAUCUUCAAAGCCAAACCAACAAUUUCAAUAAUGAGGUUGAGGACUUUGGUCUGAGGUGGAAGCAGCUUCAGCCAAAGGAGGACCAACUGGAGGGCGAUUCAGAGCGCAUACAGGCAGCCAUCACGCUUGUACGUGAGAAACGAUUUGAAUGGGAUCAGCUGAUGGAAACGCGAGAUAGUAUCAGAAAAGACUAUGAGCACUUUGGGAUGGGAGAACCUUACUUCCCCAUGAUUGAUGAGAUUGAAGAAAGCUUGAAACAGCAUGAGCAAGUGUGGGGUCUGUUUGAUGAGUUCAACAGCAGCAUGGAGGAGUUUUCCAAGGAGGAAUGGAUUGUGUUCCGGAGCAAAACUUAUCGUUUUGAGGAGUUUUUGGCCAAUUGGAAUGACAAACUUCGUUCAUCGGGUGAAACCACAGUUGUAACUGUCCGCCUCAUCCAUGAACUGGAAAAAUUUAGAGCGAUGAUACCAGUGUUAAAGUAUGUUCGUGGAGAAGUGUUUUCUGAGAAGCACUGGAUAGAGAUGUAUAGUAUUCUUGGCAUACCAACCAAUGUCACCAUCGAUAAACUCACUUUUGGACAUUUCUUGAAGGUCCGUGAUGAGAUGAUCAACCAGAGUGAGGUUCUAAAAGAGAUGAAUUCUAAAGCUGCAGGUGAGGUUGUGAUCCGGCAAGCCCUUGGAGAACUUGAUGUGUGGGAGGUGGAUGCACGGCUCACCCUCAUCCCCCACUCGGACUCCCGCAGCAAUGAGAUCAUGCUUAUCAAAGAAUGGAAGGAUGUCAUCAACAAGGUUGGUGACCAUCAGAGCCUUCUGCAGUCUCUGAAAGACUCGCCCUACUUUGGGGGAUUUGCAGAUCGAGCUCGCAUGUGGGAGCAACGCCUAGCUGACCUUGAUGAAUACCUGACCAAUUUGAAUCAGAUUCAGAGAAAAUGGGUGUACUUAGAGCCCAUCUUUGGAAGAGGUGCACUACCCAAUGAACAAGGAAGAUUUCGUAGAGUUGAUGAUGACUUCAAAGCAAUCAUGGCAGAUGUUGCAAGAGAUAAUAAGGUGGUGUCACUCUGCAAAAUCAAUGGCAUUCGAAACACUCUUACGACACUUCUUGAUCAGCUGGCUAGAUGCCAAAAGAGCCUUAAUGAAUACCUGGAAGAAAAGAGAUCAGCCUUCCCUCGCUUCUACUUUAUUGGUGACGAUGAUCUGCUGGAGAUCUUGGGUCAGGCCACGAAUCCUGAAGUCAUUCAGGCCCAUUUGAAGAAACUAUUUGCUGGAAUCCACAAUGUAAGAUUUGAUGAAGAGAACUCUCACAUCAUAGCCAUGAGAAGCUUAGAAGGAGAAGAUGUUCCACUCAAAAGGCCUGUUCAAAUAUCUACAGAGGUUGAGGACUGGUUAUACCGUUUAAGUGAGGAGAUGAAGAUGACACUCCGUCAGCUGCUGAGUGAAUGUCUAGAAGAAGCACGCAGUGAAGCAGGAAUGGACCCUCUCAAGUAUCCAUCCCAGAUCCUGUGCUUAGCUGACGCCAUCCUCUUUACUGAGCGCUGUGAAGAGUCUAUCAGGGAGGGCAGUCUGACAAGCUACCAGAAGGAACUUGAGGCAAAACUGGAAUCAUACACAGGUGUUGACCUUAGCUCAGAUGGCACCCCUGAGGGCAAAGUGGACAGCCUUGUUUUAGAACUGAAGUUGAAAGCAUUGAUUCUGGACACAAUUCACAACAUUGAUGUUGUUCAGAUCCUACUGCAAGCCAACUCAACAUCCUUGUCAGAAUGGCCCUGGCAGAAACAGCUCCGAUUCUAUGUAGGCGAUGGUGGUUCAGCUCUGAUGCGGAUGGUUGAUGCAGAGUUUGAUUAUACAUAUGAGUACCAAGGCAAUGCUCCAAAGUUGGUCCACACUCCAUUGACUGAUAAAUGCUACUUAACAUUAACACAGGGCAUGCACAUGGGACUAGGUGGUAAUCCUUAUGGUCCAGCUGGAACAGGCAAGACAGAAUCGGUGAAAGCACUUGGGAACCUAUUUGGACGACAGGUUCUCGUUUUCAACUGUGACGAGGGCAUUGACGUGAAGAGCAUGGGCCGUAUAUUUGUUGGUUUGGUAAAGUGUGGUGCUUGGGGCUGCUUUGAUGAGUUUAAUAGAUUGGAGGAGGCAGUGUUAUCAGCUGUUUCCAUGCAGAUCCAGACCAUUCAGGCAGCUCUGAAGUCACAAGCCUCCUCGACCAUGUUGUUAGAGAAAGAGGUUCCUGUUGAUCCAAACUCAGGGAUCUUUAUCACACUCAACCCAGCUGGCAAGGGCUAUGGUGGCCGACAAAAGCUGCCAGACAACCUGAAGCAGCUCUUCCGGCCUGUUGCAAUGUCCCGUCCUGACAAUGAACUGAUUGCAGAGGUCAUCCUGUUUUCUGAGGGUUUCAAGGAAGCCAAGAGCCUAGGGCGUAAACUGGUGGCCAUUUUCACACUGUCUAAAGAGCUCCUGACACCACAGCAGCACUAUGAUUGGGGUCUGCGAGCCUUGAAAACAGUGCUGAAGGGCUCAGGAAACCUUCUUCAGUUAUACAGAAAAUCCUUGUCAGAUGAAGAAAAGACAUCUGGGAUCAGCUUAACAAUUGAAUCAGAACUUGUGGUGCAAGCUCUAAGGCUCAACACACUGUCAAAACUAACCUUCUCAGACAGUUCAAGAUUUGAUGACUUGGUGAAGGACGUGUUCCCUGAUGUGAAAUUCAGGGGGGUAGGGUAUGAAGACCUAGCUAGUAUUCUCCAAGAAGUCUUUACUGAAAUGGGUCUCAUACCAAAUGACAGGCAAAUAAAGAAGGCACUAGAGCUUUAUGAACAGCUUCAGCAGCGUAUGGGAGUGGUAAUUGUAGGUCCUUCUGGAUCAGGAAAAACAACAUUAUGGCAAACUCUGCGUCAGGCUCUACUCAGGAUGGAACAACAGGUGAAGAAAUAUGUCAUGAACCCUAAGGCCAUGCCCAGACAGCAGCUUCUCGGGCAUAUUGAUCAUGACACAAGAGAAUGGUCAGAUGGUGUCUUGACAGCUUCUGCACGUCAAGUUGUGAAGGAACCAACAGAAGUUACUUCAUGGAUCAUUUGUGAUGGAGACAUUGAUCCUGAGUGGAUUGAAUCGCUCAAUUCUGUGUUGGAUGACAAUCGACUGCUAACUAUGCCAUCUGGUGAGAGAAUUCAGUUUGGACCUAAUGUAAAUUUCCUCUUUGAAACCCAUGAUCUUUCAUCUGCAUCACCAGCUACAAUCUCACGAAUGGGAAUGAUAUUCUUAAGUGAUGAAGAUACCAACAUCCAGGCAGUUGUCAGUGCAUGGCUUUCCUCACAAGAAGAAAGCACUAGGAAGUAUCUUGAACCUUAUAUUGAAGAACACUUUUUCAAGGCACUUGAGUGGGUGCUGCGUGCAGGAGAAGCCCAAGUGGAAACAACAUUAGUUGGAUGGGUCUUGAAUGGUCUCUCCCAUCUACCUGGGGUAACAAGUAAAGUACACUUUGCCUUGGCACUGGUUAGAGGUCUAGGUGGCAAUCUCCCUGAAAACAUUAGGGCAGAUUUUGCACGAGAGGUCUACUCAUGGGUUGGUGAACAUAUUCCUGACCAACGUAAACCUUUGAAUAUUUACUAUGAUUCUGCCCGAGACCGUCUAGAGACUUACACAUCAGAAUCUGCAGAUAAUAUUGGAACUGAUACAGAGGAAAUGCCCCUGAUAUUGACAUCAGAUGCAUUGUGCUCUUUGGAUUACUUCAGUCCAUGGCUUGAGAUGGAGACACAACAGCCAUUCAUCUUGGUGGGGCCUGAAGGAUGUGGAAAAAGUCAGCUGCUUCAUCACUGUUUCUCAAAACUGAGGAGCACACAAGCAACAAUGAUCCAUUGCAGUGCAUAUACUGCUCCUCAACAUAUCCUACAGAAACUUUCUCAGAUGUGCAUGGUGAUAUCCACCAACACAGGGCGUGUAUACCGUCCAAAGGAUUGUGAGAGGUUGAUUGUAUACUUGAAAGACCUGAACCUCCCCAAGCCAGAUAAAUGGGGCACAUGCCAGUUGAUUACAUUUUUACAGCAGGUUGUGACAUACAAUGGAUUUUAUGACCAGAACUUGGAAUGGGUUGGGCUGGAAGGAGUGCAAAUUGUAGCAUCCAUGACAAGUGGGUCUGCAUUAGGACGGCAUAAACUCUCAACUCGCUUCACGUCCAUAGUUAGGAUUGCAUCCAUUGGGUACCCUGAACGUGACCAGCUAGUGAACGUGUAUGCAGCAUACUUGCGGUCAGUGCUCACUGUGGUGGCUCCAGAGCACAAGGUCUGGGGAGCACAGACCAAAGCCCAGCAGCUAGCCACAUCCAUGGUGAACGUUUAUCAUCACUUGCGUGAUGCCUUCAGCGUAGAUGACUACAGCCAUUAUCUUUUUACACCUCGGGACUUAACACGAUGGGUCCUUGGCCUGUUGCGAUACAAGAUAGAUGCAGAAGAUGCAGCACUUCAGCCAUUGCUUGAAGUCUGGUUAUAUGAGGCCUGCAGAAUGUUCCGUGAUAAGCUUGCAGAAGAUGAGGAUAUUCAGAAAUUUGACGCCCUGAUAUUAUCAACAUUACAUUCAGACUGGGGCGUUGAUCUCAGGGAACACAUUACUGAUUCAUACUACGUGACUUCAGGCGCUGGUGUUGUUGCUCCAGGUGCUCCACUUCCUAUCCAUGGCUACAAGUUGGGCUUCAUGAACAAUGAGGAUUGGACACACGUGGUUGAACGAGCUGUGUUGCAGUUCAGCCGGGAGAAACAAGAAUUAGAUCUGCUCAUUUUCCCUGAGGUCUUGGAAUCAAUGGCACGAGUGGAUCGUGUGUUGACAUCGCCUGGAGGAUCACUUCUCAUGGCUGGCAGGUCUGGGGUUGGGCGUAGAACAGCAGUAUCAGUCAUUGCAUUCCUCCAUGGCAUCAAAGUUGUUUCUCCAGCCAUGACAUUAGGAUAUGACAUUAAAAAUUUCAAGACUGAUCUGAAGCAGGUGAUGCAGACAGCUGGUGUAGAUGGUGAGCAAGUUCUUCUCCUUCUAGAAGACCAUAAUUUAGUGUCAUCAGCCUUUUUGGAAGUCAUCAAUUCUCUCCUGAUGGCUGGUGAGAUUCCUGGUCUCUACACAUCAGAAGAAUUGGAUCCUCUCCUUAUGCCACUGAGAGAUGAAGCAGCACAUGAAGGAUUUAGAGGAUCUCAGUAUGCCUACUUUGCAUCCAGAGUGAGGAAGAACCUACAUAUUGCUUUGAUUAUGGACUCCAGCAACCAGGACUUUACCCUCCAGUGUGAGAGUAAUCCAGCUCUGUACAAGCAGUGUACUGUUUUAUGGAUGGAGGCAUGGUCAAGGGAAACUAUGGUACAGAUCCCCAGCAUGUUGCUCAAAGAGAGUGAGUUGGAUUCAAAAGACUCUGUAGAAUUCCAGCAGACCUUCCUUGCCAUUCAUGAAAGCCUUCCUGUCCACCUCUCAACACCUCGAAGGUAUCUAGUCCUACUCAACACAUACCGCACCAUUUACAACACCAAGAAGGAAGGGGUCCUACACCGACAGGGCCACUUGAAGGCUGGUGUGGCUAAACUAAAUGAAGCUCAAGAGGUUGUGAGUAAGCUGAAGGCUGAAGCAACAGAGCAGGAAGUUAGGCUCGCUGAGAAGCAGGAGGAAGCCAACCGUGCACUCCAGCUGAUCACAAACACCAUGAAGAAUGCCAAUGACCAGAAAGUCCAGAUGGAGAGCCUGAAGGAACAGACUCUCAAAGAAAACCAGAUCAUUGCUGAAAGGAAAAAGGCCAUUGACGUGGAACUGGCUGAGAUUGAGCCUUUAGUAAGAGAGGCAAAGGAAGCUGUUGGAAACAUUAAAUCAGAGGCUUUGACUGAGAUAAGGUCCUUGAGAGCCCCUCCUGAAGUGAUCAGGGACAUUUUGGAGGGUGUCCUGCGGCUUAUGGGAAUCCAGGACACGUCAUGGAACUCUAUGAAGACCUUCCUGGCCAAGAGGGGCAUCAAAGAGGAGAUAAGAAAUUAUGAUCCACGAAGUGUUGCCCCAGAAUCACGAAAGGCAGUUGAAAAGCUCCUACGAGACCGCGCAGAUUCAUUUGAUCCAGUUGUCGCCAAGAGAGCUUCUACAGCAGCUGUUCCCUUGACGGCUUGGGUGAAAGCCAAUGUCAAGUUUUCAUACGUACUUGAGAAGGUGAAGCCCUUGGAACAAGAGCAGAAUAAAUUGCAGAGAAACCUGACUAGGGCAGAGGAACAGAUAGGGGAACUAUCAGCCGGCUUGGACGAAGUUGACAAGGAGGUGGCCGUGUUACGUGAAAAGCUGAAUCGUUCAACGAAAGAGGCAGUGGAAGUUGAGUUCCACUUGAAUAAGGCCAAGGAAACCAUGUCAGCUGCUGAGAGUCUCGUCACCAAGCUUGAAGGGGAAUAUAAGCGAUGGAGUCAGCAAGUGUCGGAGUUAGAUUCAGAUGUGCAGGAACUUCCAAGGGAGGCUGUACUAGCAGCUGCGUUCAUCACAUACCUCAGCGAAGCCCCAGAAGAUACGCGCAAGGCAACUCUCAUGCACUGGAGUAAAAUGCUGCACGUUGAAGACUUUGAUCUGAGAAAGUUUGCCAGCACAGAGCGUGAACAGCUGCAGUGGAAAUCGGAGGGCUUGCCUUCAGACCAGCUCUCCAUUGAGAAUGCCCUUGUGAUUCUCCAGAGUGCAAUGACACCUUUCCUGAUUGACCCAUCGUCUCGUGCAACAACCUGGCUGAGCGAACACCUGAAAAAUUCAACUGUCGAAAUCACCACUCAGCAGGACCCCAAGUUUGCAACCAAUUUAGAGUUGGCUGUCAGGUUUGGCAAAAUUCUCAUCAUUCAAGAAGUAGACAGAGUUGAUCCAAUCCUGUUCCCUUUGCUGAGAGGAGACCUCAUCAGUCAAGGCCCUCGCUUCGUCAUUGAACUUGGAGACAAGACUUUAGACUUCAACGAGAACUUCCGCCUGUUCCUGGCCACACGAAUUCCCAACCCUGAGUUGCCACCAAAUGUUAUGUCAAUCCUUACAACAGUCAACUUCACAACAACAAGAGCAGGCUUGACAGGACAGCUUCUUGCAGCCACACUUCAGGUUGAGAAACCAGAAUUGGAAGUGCGUCGAACUGAACUUCUACGGCAAGAGGAAGACCUGAAGGUGCAGCUAGUGAACUUGGAAGACCAUCUGCUCACAACUCUGGCUGAGUCACAAGGCAAUAUCCUAGAGAAUAAGGUGCUGAUAGCCUCCCUGGAAAAGUCAAAAUCCAGCGCAGCAACAAUUGAGACUUCCCUAGAAGAAUCAAUGUCUUUGCAAGAAUCUCUGGAAAAUGAAAGGAAAGCCUAUCUUACUCUGGCUCAGUCUGCUGCCAACCUGUACUUUGUCAUCUCUGAUCUCUCCAAACUUAACAACAUGUAUCAGUUCAGCCUCAAUUCCUUCAUUGCCUUGUUCCACAAAGCACUUCAAACACCACAGGAUGGAAGUGGCACAGAGAACCGCAUUAAGGUGCUCCAAAGAUCCCUGAUAGAUCUUGUUUACAGCUACAUCAGUCGGUCGCUCUUCAAGGCAGAUCGACUGAUGUUCGGCCUCCACCUUGUACACGGGAUGUAUCCUAACCAAUUCCAGAAAAAUGAGUGGCAAGCAUUUACAGGACAGCUGGUCACUGAUGUAAAGGCCGAUGCUACGGAGCUGAAGGAAGCUCUGCCUAACUGGAUUGACGAGGAGAGAGCGUUUGCUGUGGCCCUGUUGAGGCAAACUUUCCCUGCCUUGUAUGACAUGCUGAAUCUGGAUGACAUGUCAAUGUGGUCAGGUUUCUCCAAUUCCAACCACUGUGAGCUCGACUUCCCAGUCCAGCUCAACCAGAAGCUGUCUUCGUUCCAACAGAUGCUUGUUAUUCAGGCCAUCAGGCCGGACCGUCUACAGUCUUCAAUGGUUAAUUUUGUGACAAGAGCUUUGGGAAUGAAGGAGCUGUCUCCACCAGCACUUAAUUUGCGACGUCUCCUGUCAGAGACAGUGGCUACAGAGCCAAUACUUAUCAUCAUAUCUGCUGGUGCUGACCCAUCUCAGGAGCUCUUGGACCUUGUGAAAAGUACAGUGGGAUCUAAUGCCUAUCAUGAGGUAGCAAUGGGUCAAGGGCAGAGCGAAAUAGCUGUCAGACUUCUCCAUGAAUGUGCAAAAGCUGGACAUUGGCUGUGUUUGAAGAACCUGCAUUUGGUGACUGCUUGGCUGCCAACAUUUGAAAAAGUGCUGAACAACCUUCAACCACAUGACAAUUUCCGCCUCUGGCUAACGGCAGAACCCCACCUCAAGUUCACUCCUAUUCUGCUGCAGACAAGCUUGAAAGUUACCUAUGAAGCCCCUGCAGGGAUCAAGAAGAACCUCCAGCGUACAUAUGACUCAUGGAACCCAGAACUGAUUGCACGUGACAAUAACGUGAAUCGAGCACAGACACUCUUUGUGCUGGCUUGGUUCCAUGCCAUUGUCCAGGAACGCAGAACUUACAUACCCCAAGGAUGGUCCAAGUUCUAUGAGUUUUCAUAUGCAGAUCUGAAGGCUGGAGUUGAUAUCAUUGAUAGGCUAUAUAAGCAAGCAGGAACUGGUGACAUCAAGUGGAAUUUCAUCUAUGGACUAUUUGAGAAUGCAAUCUACGGUGGCCGCAUAGACAACAUUUGGGACAUUCGAGUGUUGAAUGCUUAUCUUCGCAUCUUCUUCAACAAUGACGUGGUGGGAGGCCGGAAGCCAUCAGCUGACCAACUUGCCAAGAGUCUUGCUCUUCCCACAACUGUUAAUUAUCAGGAUUACACGAGCCUCAUUAGAAAUCUGGCAGAUGAGGAUGAUCCAAGUUACUUUGGCCUCCCAGCGAACAUUGAGAGAUCAUGGCAGCGCAUUGUUAGUUCACAAGUCAUUUCUCAGCUGAAAGUUCUCAUGAGAUCUCCUGAACUAGCUGGGAGGUUUGAUCGUGAGAAAUGGCACACACAGCUGUCACCUGUGCUAAACUUGUGGAAAAAGUUAAACCAGGGUGGGAACCUAAUACAAGCCAAGGUAUCGACACCAAGUGCCACAGCUGAGUCGCCAGUCAAGUCCUUUAUCCAGCUGGAGUAUUAUUCAGUCAUCUCCAUCGUGCAGACUGUUCAUCGCUCACUGGCACAGCUCUCAAAAGUCAUUCGUGGAACACUUCUACUCACCAGUGAUGUUCAAAAACUUGCAGAUUCACUCCUCAGCCAAGAGACUCCAUCCAGCUGGCUGUCAUUAUGGGAAGGCCCAGAGGAUCCGUUAGAGUACUUGCGCAGUCUUGUUAGACGGGCAAACGGAAUUGGGAAGUGGGUAGCCAGAAGCGAUCAAGGAAAUCUUCUCAAAGAGCCUUUAGACCUGUCAGAUCUCCUUCACUCAGCCACUUUUCUGAAUGCUCUCAGGCAACAAACUGCAAGGGAAUACAGCACCUCAAUGGACAGCUUGGUUUUUGUUACAUCCUGGUCUCGUGGUGGAAUACCUGAUGCAAAGUUGACAAUGAAAUGGUCAGGGCUGCAGAUGGAAGGUGCAACAUUUGAUGGAUCUCGCCUACAACAUAAUACUCAUGAUUCAACAAGUAUCUCUGUUGCUCCUCUCUGUGUUGUGGCUUGGGUGCCCAAGGAACUGCAGAACAGACUGUAUCAUGACGAACUACUCUCUGUGCCAGUCUACUCCUCAGCCAACAGAGAGCAGGUGGUGGCAAGUGUUACCAUACCUUGUCCAGCUCCACACUAUGAGUGGCAUCAAGCAGGUUUAGCCCUUUUCCUUUCCACUUAGAAAAAAGUGUCAAAUAUUAUGAAGCAGUGAUUAUAUAAGAAUAAAGAGCAAAAUCUAACAAUUUCCACACAACACAGUCAGUUAUCUUGUUUGUUGUUGGUGCUAUUUCUGAGUUGCUGUGCAAAAUCACAUUCAGAUAUAUUUUAAUGAAUUGCUUUAAAUAAAAGCACACUUUUAAAUUAAGCACAAGUGUACUAAAAAAAAAAAAAAAAAAAAAAUUAUAUAUAUAUAUAUAUAUAUAUAUAUAUAUAUAUAUAUAUAUAUGCAUAUGAUCUAAAAUGCAGAAAUAAAGAUAAUUUCAACAUUCCAUGCUUAUAGUAUGUCUAGUCAGUACUUCAUUAUUUUAUGUUUAUAGUUAUGUCUAAUCCAUAACUGCACAUGAUAUAUAUCCAAAAAAUAGCUUUCUGUAUAUGAUUCCUAUAUAUAUUCAACUUAUCUAAUGGCAUUAUUCCACAUUCAGAUCACUAGAAACAAGUGGAUCAAUAGAAUAAAUAUAUGUUUCACUA